AUGUUUUCCAGGCCAUGGAGUUUCCGGUGUGUCAAAUUCCGUACUACUCAAUCUUUAAAAGCAUCUUCGACACAGAAAAUCAAGAAAAAGAAGGAGGAAAAGGAAGGAAAUAGGGAGAAAUCAGAAUGCCGAAAAACGCAAGUGGCAUCGUGGAAUUUAAUUAAAUUCGAUAUACAUACCGUUCUUUGUGCAUCAACAAAUGGGUUAAUGAGUAGAAAACGUUCAAAAAGUAGAAAACGACAGCGACAAGAAUUGCGCGGACUGAAUUUUGCUCCAAUCAAGACUGUGUUGCGUCAACUGUGA